AUGAUGAACGCUGUGCUCGGCCGAGGUUUUCAAUUACUGACCGAGAUAAGGCAAGAAGAAGAAGCUGCGAAUAGGCAGUUAGAUGAAGUGGUCAGCCGAUGUAAUCAUGCCAACGUCGUUUGGAUACGGAAAAGUUCACUAGUUUGUUCGAGGGAAACCUGUAGAUUGCAACGGUUUUUGUUACAGUCAGAGAAAGCAUGUGAACUAGAUGAAAAAGCGCGUGACAUCAGUUUGCUGAGGGAUCCCGAUAGCGCUGAUUUCUAUAAGUGCCUUUCAUAUCAACUUUUUCGUCCAGUGUUCGCUCUUUUAGGAGAGAAUCAGAAAAGCAUACCUAACAAUUCUGAAAAUCUACAACUCAAAGUGGGAAAUAUCAAUACGCAGGAGAUUAUCAACAAGGUUGGAUCAUGGGGAUCAAACAUCACCUCUUCGUGCCAUGACCUUGGAUCGGAAGCUCUAACAAGGACAGUAUCAAAACUACGACCAGAUGAAGCUUGGGAUGCGAAGACACCUCCACCCACAAUUGGGUGCGAUGCGGUUCUCGAUCUGAGCGUAACUCCUCGUGAAGUGCCUUUAUUCUUCUUAUCGGCAUUCAAUAAUUUGUGGAUGAAUUUUAUUCUGGAAUGCAUAUGUCCGGAUAAAACGCUCUCAUUUACUGAGGAUGGUCAGUGA